UGUUGUCAUCAGUCAGCUGCCGGGGAGGAGGGGAGGACUGCGGCGCAGGAAGUGCGGCAGCAGGACACCGCGACGGAAGCAGGAAUCACGACAUGACUGUCCCCGGAGCGGCCAGUUGAACCAGCGCCGGUGUCCCACCCUGACCAUCGGACUCGGGGGGAAGAUGGGGGGCUCUCAGAGCGUCCAGAUCCCCGGCGGAGGAUCCGAAGGUUACCACGUCCUCCGGGUGCAAGAGCAUUCCCCGGGUUAUCACGCAGGACUGGAGCCAUUCUUUGAUUUUAUCAUCUCCGUUUGUGACACCAGACUGAACAGGGACAACGACACGCUGAAAGAGCUGCUGAAAAUGAACGUGGAGAGGUCUGUGAAGAUGCUGCUGUACAACAGCAGGACGCAGACCGUGCGGGAGACGACCAUCAGGCCCAGCAACGCGUGGGGCGGCCAGGGCCUUCUGGGUCUCAGCAUCCGCUUCUGCAGCUUUGAGCGGGCCAAUCAAAAUGUUUGGCACGUCUUGGAGGUGGAGCCAAACUCUCCUGCCGGCCUGGCUGGUUUGACGCCUUACGUUGACUACAUCAUCGGAGCGGACUCGGCCAUGCGUGAGAGCGAAGACCUGUUCUCCCUCGUUGAAGCGCAUGAAGGAAAGGAGCUGAAGCUGUACGUUUACAACACAGACGCGGACAACUGCCGCGAGGUCGUCAUCACCCCAAACUCGGACUGGGGAGGAGAGGGCAGUCUCGGAUGUAAGAUUGGGUUUGGUUACCUCCACCGGAUACCGACGCAUAAAGAGGAAAAAAAACACCGUUCCCCUGCACAAAACCACAACCAAGCGCCUUACACACCGAAGGAUGGCUACACAGAGGUCCAACUCUCUGCUGUCAUUCCAACCGUUCCAGUUGUUGUCUCGUCUUCUGCUCCAACCGGAUUAGAGCAGCCUCUCAGCAGCUUGUCAGUCAGCUCUGAGCCAACGGCUGUCCUCGUCAACCCACCCACAGGAAAUCCCAUUAUCCCACCGCCCAACCAUGGGAUCCCCACACACACCCUUCCUCUGCUUGUCAACGGUGCGGCUACACAGCCAGGCCUGAUUGCCCUUCCUGGAGGUGUUCCCGCCUUUUCCAGUUUCCCAAACCUAAACACUACCUUGCCAAAUGUGGCUCAUGUUCUGCCGCCUGUACUUGGGAUACAGCAUGAAGGUCUUCCUCCACUCAACCUGCCGGCCGCAGCUUCCAGUGUUACGCCUCCUCUCGACUUCAUUUAUCCAACCGUCGCUGUUAAUUCCCACCCCAGCCUACAUCCCUCUUCUACCAUCCGUAUGAACGGUUCACCCACCAAAGCCCCCAAUCAUUCAUCAGUGUCCGACUCCGGAUCAGCGAAUUUCACAGUGACCGUGGACUCCUCUUAGCACGGAGCAACUCGUAAAAGAUGACGCCCUGCCUCCACAGUCCUUCCACGACACGAGCAGUCGCUGCUGACGAAUGGGUCUUUUACAACAAUCUGAACUUUGUUUGCAUACGAGCUCCUGGAGGAUACUGAAGACACACACGGCUAGAGUGAGAUCCUUCAGCUAACUUAAAACCUUUUUUUUUUUUUUUCACAAAAACAACUCAGUGCUGGUACUAUGCAUUUUCACUUUUCUCAGAAUCCCAUCAAAAGAAUUUGGGUAAACACGUGUGGAUGUCAGUAUCAUUUCAUUUUAGUGGUUCGACUUACUGAAAACGAAUCAAGAGGAAGAUUAAAAAUCUCAAAGUUGAGCUGCUGAGGACUUUUUGGGUUUGUUUGCACUGUUGUUGUAAAACCAUCUUUGACUGCAAAACAAAAGAGUAAAGUUUGAGAUAAUCUUGACUGGAUGUUCUUCUGGUUACUCCUGGUUCUUUUGGCGUUAAUUGGAGGAAAUGCAGUUCCAAACACAGCCAGAAGGUGGUGGUACGCACCUGAGAGAGACCACACAUGUUUAACUCAAUUCAAUCUAUAAGUGAAACUCAUUAAUUACUAAUGAACACAUUAAAUGUUUUUUCUAUUAAUUUCAAUAAAUGGCUUAAAGCUGAUGAAACCACAAAGUUCCUCAGAUAAAUAAAACUAUAUAUUAAAAAAACGUGUCCAUUUUGUUACACGGGUCAAAAUUGUUAAAUGAGGCCCAUAAAUACGAGGGUUAAAUAAAAAAAAUGUUUUCCCCUCUUCUGCAAAAUAGUUGAUAUUUUCUACAGAAAAUCUGAAAUAUUCUCUAUCAUUGUGGAUCCAAACUUUAAAUGGGUUUUUCCACAUUUGCCUUAUUAAAAGAUGGCCAUCCAGUCUGCAAGUUCUGUCUGCUCGACUUAAAGUUUUCUCUCUGUUCUCAGAGAUAAGAACUGGUUUUGGGUUUUUCUUUGAAAAGGCUUGCUGUAUUUAGACAAUUUGAGUAAAUUAAUUAAAAGUAGAUUUUGUUGCAUCCAAGUCUGAGUUGGGAGUAAUUUGAUAUACGGUCCUGUUUGAUAUGAAAUUAAAGCAAAUGGAAAAAGUGUGGUUAUUAAAAAACAUUCUUUCACGUUGUACCCAACUUCUCUAAUUUUGUCCUAAUUUAAAAUAAAAUGUCAAA